CGAGCAUGUUUAUGGGGCAACAAAGAUGGCGGAUGUAAAGGAGGGAACGAACAAGUGCAAAGUUUAGAUGUAACGAACUUGUAACAAACUUCUAGUGUAAUUUUUUGUUUCGAACCGUUGAUAAAGAAAAUAAUCAAGAUGCCUCCAAGACACAGGGCUGGUCCUGUGGACCUCACAGAUGCCGACAUCAGCUACCCUCUGCACCGCCUCUUUGACGAAUACAACAUGGAUCACAUCCCAGUCAAUGAGCGUUUGGGUUUGUUCAAACAGCGCGAUCUAGCUCAUGUAAAGCAUUAUAAAGCUGCAGUCAAGAUAUUUGGUGGACCAUUAAGUAGAAAAAGAGUCAUGGUUGCUCCACCUAUGGAAACACCUUUGAAGCAUCGGCUUGGUUUGUAUCAUGGCCGCAAGUCUCCACCGCUCUCUCCCCCAGUCCUAAAUGCCAAUCUAAAAGAACAGAUUCCCAUAGAACCAAAGCCCUCAGAAGAGGAGAUGAUUGCUGAUAGAGAAACCAAGAAAGAGGAAGAUUACAAAAACUGGAUGAAAGAACGACAAAAGUUCCGUACUGAUCUUGAGAAUAUGGGAUUAAGUGAACACUGGUUGAAUCAGAAACCUAGUAUGACUGCCUUAGAGAAAAGGGUGCUGGUUAGAAUGAUUAAAGAGAGAACUCCCCACUAUGAGCCCCCACCCAUUGUACCAGAAACCCCCACAGAGGCCCUGAUUCAUGAUGUGCCAAAUGUUAAAAUUCCCGCUCCCCUGGGCAUUAGGAUAUUAGAAGAGCACUUGAGGAAAAAUAAGAUGCGACUGCUGGACAUGUUUGUGGCCACUGAUAAAGACAAGGACUGGAAAAUCACCAGGGAUGAGUUCAGAAAGGUCAUCAGGGAGUCAAAGGUUCCAAUGUCUGAGGCCCUUCUGGAGGACAUGAUUCUCUCCCUUGAUAUAGAUUAUGACAACAACUUGGACUAUAAGGAGCUAGCUAAAGGCUUGUCAUUUUGGAAAAAAGAGAGGAGAGAAAAUAGAAGAAAACAAAUUUCAAGGGAAUCUACAAUGGACUCUUUUAAAUCUAGAUCAAGUUCAUCUACUUCAUUACGUGGAGCCAGACCCAAUUCAUCAGAUGAAAUAGUCGAUGAUCAUCAAGCUUCUGGAUCAGAUGAAAAAAUCAUUCGUAACUUUUCUCCAAGUCGAUCUAACCAAGAAAUAAUAGCUAAAUCAUCAAAAUCCUCUAACAACCAGCAGACCCAGGAUACUUCUAAAAAAUUAGUCAAGUCCUCCAAAAAAUCAGAAUCGGAAAAACCGGCUUCUGGUCGGACUCAAGGGUCAAAGUCCCCCAAACAGGGGUCUGCCUCAAAAGGUGAAAAUCAGAACACUGGGUUGGAAGGUGGGGACAAUGAGAAUAAUGGAAAACAGGUGAGUAUUGAGAUAGAAGUUACGGACACCUCAAAGGAAGUGGAACCCAAGAGGAGUAGAAGCACCACCCCCCAGUAUCUAGCACCCCCAGAACAAGACACAGCACCGGAACACAUUGUAAUGUCAUCUGAUGAAGCUAUGGUGGACCUGAGGAAGAGAGAUAGGGAGGCUCUCAAAACCAACAUGAUGAGGAUGUCUGCCAAAAAGUUGGAGGAGGGCCCGGGCAUUAUCAAGGUGGGGGAGAAGGCCAUUGAUGACCACUGUAUGCAGUCCACACUGGAGGGGGAGCUAGGAGGGAUGGUGGAUAAAUUCAGACAGCUCAAACUGAGAGAGUUCUAUGACAUCAACAAGUUGUGUGCCCAGCAAGGAGUUUCCCUUAGUCCUACUCUGUUAGAAAAAGUCUUGCUAUACCCCCCUGACAUACCCCACUCAUUCAUAAAUAAACAAGUGAAAACCCCAGGGGCACCUCUUCUCUCAAGUCAUUAUGCUGACCCUCCCAAGAGGCCACGGACCCCGAUAGAGGUCAAACACAAAGAUCGAGUGAGGCGGUCCCAGAGUGGUAGACUUUUGAUUGACAGCAGGCACCGCUACCCCCAGGGUCGCAGUGUGGCUGCCACAGGCUCCAGGGCUAAUCUGUCCACAGGAAAAGCCAUCAUACGGAGAAAGGUCGAUUGCUGGAUGUCCUUUGAAGAGUACGACAGACUAACCAGACAUCUAGCCAUCAGAUACCAGCAGCUUCAUGGUUCAUCGGACUCCAACGCCUUCUGGCCGGGACAGCUGCUGGAUAAAGUAAGGCUGUGCAUGCCGCCCUACGACAAACCGGAACUACCCGACCAGAGCGGAAUCGUGUUCCAGAAAGUGAAGGAGAGGAAGCUGACCAACCUCGGGAAGGCGAGGGAUUACUCGGCCUGGCCAGUGAACGAUCAGGGAUAUGUUCAGUCAGGGAUCUAUGAUCCCUUCGCUCGGAAGUUUAUUCACAAUUAUUGAUUAUAGCUGUUAAUUAGUGCCUAAAUUUAUGAAUAUACAUGAAAUGUGAUAUUCCUUGUUGAUUUUUUUUGUUUUUUGGAUUUUUCUAAUGUUUUUUAAAAUUUAUUUUGAGAAGUAUUGUUAUUUAUGUAAAAAAAAUUUGGUAUAGAAUAUUUAAUUUGUUAACUUUUUUUAAUUGUUAAUGCUGUUUAUGCAUUGCUUUUAAAUUUGUUUGCUUGUCUCAUGAAAUAAGAAGUAACUCAUUAAAUGAAGGAUUCAAAAAGCAUUUAAAUGAGAGAAAGAGUGUUGGACACGAAGAUGUGCAUUGCACAACCAUAUCUGUACAUGUAAUUGUGAAGUGAAGUGUUUCCUUUCAUAAACCUGUUGAAAUGUUGAUGAAAAUAUGUAUUUGUAUGAUGAAAUCAUGCUGCUUUACACUGCUGAAUUAAGUUUUUCUAUCUGUGUACGGUGUGCUAUAUUUUACAUAUUGAUUAUACAUGUAAAUAACAUUUCUACCCUUAUUUUUGAUAUUGAAGUUCAUUGAGGAGUUUGUCUUUCAGAUUUUAUUUUACAUUUUCUUUAUGCUGACACUGCUGAAUUAAACUUUUCAUUAAAAGUGCAACUCUGUUAUACAGUGGA